AUGGAAGCUUCAGAACCAGUCAAUGGAGGAUCCGUACAGAUCCAAACAGAGAACGGAACACGAAAGCUUCCGAAUUUCUUACAGAGCGUGAACAUGAAAUACGUCAAAUUAGGUUACCAUUACCUGAUUACUCAUCUCUUCAAGCUUUGUUUGGUUCCUUUAAUGGCGGUUUUAGUCACUGAGAUCUCUCGAUUAACACCAGAAGAUCUCUACCAGAUUUGGCUUCAUCUCCAAUACAAUCUCGUCGCUUUCAUCAUCCUCUCUGCUUUAGCUGUUUUCGGCUCCACCGUCUUCAUCAUGACCCGACCCAGAUCCGUUUACCUCGUUGAUUACUCUUGUUAUCUUCCUCCGGCGAGUCUUCAGGUUCCUUACCAGAAAUUCAUGGAUCAUUCUAGAUUAAUCAAAGAUUUCAACGACUCUUCGCUCGAGUUUCAAAGGAAGAUUCUUGAACGAUCUGGUUUAGGAGAAGAGACUUAUCUCCCUGAGGCUUUACAUUGCAUCCCUCCAACUCCGACAAUGGUGGCGGCGCGUCAAGAAGCUGAGCAGGUUAUGUUCGGUGCUCUCGACAAGCUUUUCGAGAAUACCCAAAUUAACCCUAGGGAUAUUGGUGUGUUGGUUGUGAAUUGUAGCUUGUUUAAUCCAACUCCUUCGUUAUCUGCUAUGAUUGUUAACAAGUAUAAGCUUAGGGGAAAUGUUAAGAGUUUUAAUCUAGGUGGAAUGGGAUGUAGUGCCGGUGUUAUCGCUAUUGAUUUAGCUAAAGAUAUGUUGCAAGUUCAUAGGAAUACUUAUGCUGUUGUGGUUAGUACUGAGAAUAUUACUCAGAAUUGGUAUUUUGGUAAUAAGAAAGCAAUGUUGAUCCCGAAUUGCUUGUUUCGGGUUGGUGGAUCGGCGAUUUUGUUGUCGAAUAAGCCUAGGGAUCGUAGACGGUCAAAGUACAAGCUUGUUCAUACGGUUAGGACUCAUAAAGGAGCUGGUGAGAAGGCUUUUAAUUGUGUUUAUCAAGAACAGGACGAGAAUGGGAAAACCGGGGUUUCUUUGUCUAAGGAGCUUAUGGCUAUAGCUGGGGAAGCGCUUAAGGCGAAUAUCACUACUUUGGGUCCUUUGGUUCUUCCCAUAAGCGAACAGAUUCUGUUUUUCGCGACUUUGGUUACAAAGAAAUUGUUUAAUGCUAAGCUGAAGCCUUACAUCCCGGAUUUCAAGCUUGCCUUUGAUCAUUUCUGUAUCCAUGCUGGUGGUAGAGCAGUGAUUGAUGAGCUCGAGAAGAAUUUGCAGCUUUCGCAGACACAUGUCGAAGCAUCGAGAAUGACGUUGCACAGAUUUGGAAACACUUCUUCGAGCUCGAUCUGGUAUGAGCUUGCUUACAUAGAGGCCAAAGGCAGGAUGAGGAAAGGGAACCGGGUUUGGCAGAUUGCUUUUGGAAGUGGGUUUAAGUGUAACAGCGCGGUUUGGGUGGCUCUACACAAUGUCAAGCCUUCGGUUAGUAGUCCGUGGGAACACUGCAUAGAUCGAUAUCCUGUUAAACUUGACCUCUGA